GCCGUCCCAGGGCAGUGUGUGCGAGUCAAGUGUGCGCUCCCUCCGCCCAGUACGCAUUGGGGAUUAUUUAUCGAACCAAGCGGCCGCUGUUGGGUGGGUGAUGUAAUCCGUUCGAAAUAAACACCUUCGAUCAACGAUCCCCACACAGACAGACAUCAUAUGCUAUCGGAGACUCGGUUUGUGUCCGCUGGAAGAGGUUUAAAAAUAAUAAUUAUAAUCGAUUCAAAGCAAACCGCUCCGUGCAGUCGAUCGGUACAGUGCGUGAGCGCCAUUGGUGGUCUUCCAUAGGACGUGAACGACGAUGGGUUUCAAGGGCAAGCUUCUGAAGACGGCACUGGUGCUGAUGCUGAUAGCCGUGCUACCUGGACUACCACCGAAAACCGUGUUUCCCUUCCGACCGAUUAGCAUCACACCGGUGCGGCCACUAACGGGUGUGCUCGCUCCCAACCGCUUACUCAACGGUGCUGAACGGUUGCAUGAGAACGAGCUGCUCCAGCCGGAAGGUGUGGUAGUCCGCGGUAACGCUACCUACGUCACCGUGUACGGUGGCAAGGUGAUCGAGCUGAUAGAAGGCUCCGGUACGCUGCGUACCGUGGUUAAGCUGGGUCCCGAGUGUGUUGGUACCUAUUCGGAGCGUAUUUGUGGCCGUCCGUUGGGGUUGGAUUUCGAUACCAGAGGUAAUAAUUUGAUCGUGGUCGACCCGUACCUCGGUAUCUGGCAGGUGCACAUCAAGACGGGCGAGAAGAAGCUACUCGUCCCCAAGGAGAACGCUCUCAUCGAUGACGGUACGGAAUCGAAGCAGCAGCAGCAGCAGCAGCGAAAGCAGAUCACGACACGGCAACCAAACAUCCCGAACGGUAUUGCUGUAGCGAAGAACGGCGACUUCUACUGGUCCGAUACGGCGUCGGAUUUCAUCUUCGAGGAUGCCAUCCAGGCGGUGCUGUGUAAUCCUUCCGGUCGACUGCUCCACUACUCUCGGGCCACCGGUCGUAGCCGUGUGCUGUUGGAUGAAAUCUAUGGGGCCAACGGGGUAGUGCUGAGCCCGGAUGAAAGUUUCGUGCUGGUCGGUGAACUCGGUGGACAGCUGAUACGCCGUUAUCACCUGAAGGGCCCUCAGGCCGGUCAGCAUGACGUGUUCCUGGAUGGAUUACCGGGCGCUGUCGACAAUCUGAACGGUGAUGCCGGUGGUUUCUGGGUGGGGCUGGUGAUUGCGGCCGAUGCAGACAAUCCCUCGUUCGUUGGCAUGCUGGCACCGUUCCCGAACCUACGUCAGUUAAUCGUUCGGUUGUUCGUGCUGAUCGAAGCACCGUUCCGCUUGCUGUACCAGUUUACCGGAAGUCCGUACGCCCUGUGGGCUACACAUCAUAUUGGACAUCUCGGAGGGUUGGUUAGUCUGUUCCCCGAUCGUGGCACGGUGCUGCGUGUCGACUGGCAGGGUAAUAUCGUGUUCGCGCUCCAUAACGAUGAUACCUCCAGCCACGUCAUCUCGCAGGCCGUCCGUCAGGGUAAGGAGCAUCUGCUGCUCGGCUCACCCGUCAAUCCGUGGCUUGGACGAGUGAAACUUUCACCGGAAACGUUAGCCCUGUUGGCGACCGGUUCGCAAGGAGCACCGGAAACGAAACCUGCCUCCGCACCACCACGCGUGAACCGCGAAGAGCUGUAACAGAGCUCCCUCUUCUUCUUCAUUGACCAUUGAAUUCGAAUAAACCUUUUGGGGAAAACAAAAGAAAAAUCAGAACAAAACACCAA